CCAUUUUCGGCACCCUCAUCGAAUUUCUUUAAAACCCUUGAGCAGCUAGGGUUUUCAGUCCGCGGCCGAUCGAGGAGGAGCGAGGGGAGCCCGCGAGCAUCCGAUCCAAAAGCCUGGUUUAUUAGCAGAAGCUGUUGUUGAUAAUCUGAUGGCGCCACCUGCUAAAGCUACCGCAAAGAAAGCUGAUGGCAAGACACAGGCCUUGAAGGUUGCCAAGGCUGUCAAAUCAGGGGCUUCAACCAUUAAGAAGAAGGUCAAGAAGAUUCGUACUUCUGUUACUUUUCAUCGUCCUAAGACUCUGAAGAAGGAUAGAAACCCUAAGUAUCCCAGAAUCAGCGCAACCCCCAGAAACAAGCUUGAUCACUAUCAGAUUCUCAAAUAUCCUUUGACAACGGAAUCUGCCAUGAAAAAAAUUGAAGACAACAACACACUUGUCUUCAUAGUGGACAUCAGGGCAGACAAGAAAAAGAUCAAAGCGGCGGUGAAGAAAAUGUAUGAUAUCCAGACUAGGAAGGUUAACACUCUGAUCAGGCCUGAUGGAACGAAGAAGGCUUAUGUGAGGCUGACACCGGAUUAUGAUGCUCUUGAUGUUGCCAACAAAAUCGGCAUCAUCUAAAGGCUUCCCUUGAGAAUUUUUUUAGGGAACUUCUGGUUUAUAAGUUUUCUUAGAUUACUCUUUUAAGUAUUUUAUGGACCUAUACUAUUGGCAUAUGUAAUAUUUUAGCUUAGUUUGGUGUAAUGCUAAUCUACUUGUGCCCCCAUAUUCUGAGGAUCUUUAAUGUAUGGGCACCCAUCAUUUUCCUAACUACUAUUAUUUUAUGCGUAUUUUGGGUCGCAGUACUCUGGAUGGGAACUCAAGCUUCAUGAUUAGCUCUAAAUGCGCUACCAAGAUGGUGACAGCAUUUUAAUUUGGUUUU